AAUUCUGGAUCAUAGAACAUUAGAAAAGAUAACUGAGAAGUUACUCUGUCUUCCAUGUGUUAUUUCAAUCGUGAUCAAAUAUUUAUUUCAAUAGAUUAAAAUGUGAUGUAUUUGUUAUAGCUUUUAUAAUGAGUUUAACAUUUUGUAUUGGUAAAAUUAACUACGUUUGUAAAGAAAUGCAACAGGAUUUAUAUAUAACAUAUAAUAUAACCUUAAUAUGGAUGAAAGGAUCCUGAGAGCAAUAUUAUGUAGUUGUGAAAGUGUCACAAAGGAUUUAGAAAACUCAAGGGAGUAUAAAAGACUAUUAGAAGAGGAUAAAUUUCUACCAUCUAAUGAUAUAUUCAAUGCAUUGUGUUUAUCUUUAACAAAAUUAUUGUCGUAUAAAGUAUCAAAGGAAGCAUAUCAACGUUAUACUGUAAGACUUCGUGUAAUUGAUGUUUUACGAGAGUGGUGUAGGAUCAAUGAUGACUUUCAAAAUUUCAAAAUACUCAGAGAUGAAAAGCAAAGUCUAUCGUUAUUAAAAUAUUUGUUGAAAAAAUAUUUAACAGACGAUGUUUUAAACAGUUGUGAUUCAAGUGACAAUCUAUUAUCUUUAGUCAAUGCUUUAAUGUGCCUAGCGUCCACAGAUUCAUAUUAUAAAUGCUACAUAGAGAAAUUAUUACUAAAACUUACAAAAUUAGAAGCCUCUGACAAUAGUGAAUAUGUAUUAUGUUACGCUGUGCAGAAAAGCUUUGAUUUGGAGCUUAAACUUUCAACUAUAGAAAUCAUAUAUGAAUCACAGAAAUGCAAACUAAUAGAGCAACCAUUAUUAAGUAGUUUCGUAUCAUCAUGUACUACUUUGAAUAAAGAUAACAAUGUGGAUAAUUCAGAGAAUGUAAACUUGACGGAACAAUUAUUCAAAUUUAUUACCAAAUCUCCACAUAUCUUUCUAUUGGUAUGUGCAUUUCUAAAGGAAUUAUUGGUGCAAUUAGAUCAUGCUCCUGCAGUUAUGAAUUUUAUACAGUUAACACUAGAACGGAUUAAGGAAUGUUGCAAAAAUGAAAAUAAAGAUAUUGUGGAUCUUUAUCCAAGAAAUUUGCAAUCUCUUGUAAUUUUACUGCGAAUAGAACCUAUAUAUCACACUGAUAAUUCUAAGAAUGGCACAUUAAAAAUACUGGAAAAUAUAUAUAUGGAAGAUCAAGAUACUAUAAUAACUCUCCUGUCCCAUUACCCUCAAUGGUUAAAGGUAUUUGGACACUUUUUAAUUGCAAAUCACGAAAUAAUGUGUUCAUAAUGUGUAUAAUAAUAAAUUGUAAUAAAUAUUAAAUUAUACAAAU